CGGUGAAAAGGCGGACUCGAUAUUUAUUAAAAAAGAUCCCUGCGUCAUCCCAGAAGUCAGAACCUGUACCAUAGCAACAGUUCCACAACCACAACCGCAAACCAGGCUCAGCUAUAAAACAUAAGGAGAGCGUAGAGAAUAGCGAACUUUGAAUAGGUAAAACCCAAAGCCGCCACCAACGAAGACUGCAUCACCCUAUGUCUGUCACUAUUAUCAAUACUUGAAUUAACAUCCGUCUGUUUAAGAUUAAAUAUAAAAAUAAAAAAAAAAACCCAAUAAGGGGAAAGAAGAAGAGAAAAACAAAAGUAAAAGAUGUAUGUGAGAGCUGUGCCACCGACAGAUCUGAACAAGAACACAGAGUGGUUCACGUACCCAGGAGUUUGGGCCGCUUAUAUCUUGAUCGUUUUCUUCUCAUGGCUCAUCGUUUUAUCUUUCUUUGGUUCCUCUCCUGGAAUCGCUUGGACCAUUGUUCAUCUCUCUCAUUUCUUUGUCACAUAUCACUUCUUUCACUGGAAAAAGGGAACACCAUUCGCUGAUGACCAAGGUAUCUACAAUGGUUUGACUUGGUGGGAGCAAAUAGACAAUGGCAAGCAGCUCACUCGCAAUAGGAAGUUUUUGACUGUUGUACCUGUUGUGCUGUAUCUUAUCGCCUCACACACAACAGGUUAUCAACACCCGAUGCUUUUCUUCAAUACACUGGCCGUUUUUGUGCUGGUUGUUGCAAAGUUCCCUAACAUGCACAAAGUCCGAAUAUUUGGAAUCAAUGCUGAUCAUUGAACCGCGAAGGGAUCCUUGUCUGAUCUCUAGUACUAGGUUUCAUUAUUUUGUUAUUCCAGUAUAAUUUUGUAAUAUCCCUGUACAGAUAAUGAAACUGAAAAGGGCAUUCUUACUUCUCUUUAAUGAAGUGAAUACAUAUACCUUCCUUUAUGCCAGGGAAAAAUAUAUUCAUAUAUGGGGCUUUCUCUCUUUGCAAGUGAUUGAUCUUGUCUUAUUGUUGUCAGCUUAAAGCCAGAAAUCUCUUCUAGUUCCCUUGACCUUGUUCUCCCUAAAAUCUAGAGACCAGUGGAAGCCAGUCUCUUAGUCCAGUUCUAGUGCAGAUUCUGUUCCCUAAGGAUUGAGCAACUUACCGGACCCGAUUUCUAGAUUGAAAUUGCCCUGCCUUUUUUACCCUCUUUUUUUUCCUAGUGUUGUCAUAUAUCAUCUUUUGGUAUUCUUCGUACUGGUUUGCCAGUCCAUGGUUGCGGAAACCUGUCAUUUAAAUUAAGAAGCUGAGAAGUAAUGGGCAUUAUUGUUCGUUAGUGUUCAACUCUCUCUCUCUCUUUCUAAUUUUCCCAGCCUCAAAUAAACCCAAGUGCUGCUACUAUUAUCAAAGAUGACAAGGUGAUAAUCUGCUCUUCCAACAUGAUUUCUGACUUAAAGUUCUCAAAUUAAAUUGUAGUCUUUACUCACUGUUUUAAAACCAUAUAAGUUUUGACAUUUAUUACUUUUUUUCAAUGGAAAGGAAAUUUAAGAUUCGAUUUUUUUAAUAUUAAAAAAAAAAUCGGCAAGGUCUUCAUGAAUAGGGCAUCCAACCUUACACUUGAAGGACAUCAUGCAAAUGUCGGCAGUGGGUCACACUUGCUAAUGAAGCCUUGAGUGAAAUACAGUGACUUGAAUCGUAAGCUAAAUCAGUACACGCAACUCCUGCUCGUGAAUCAUUUGUCAAAACGAACGCUGUACGUAGUUAUCGACGACACUUUUCCAUGUUGAGCAUCGGGCAAUG